CUUUUCUGAGGUCAUGCCUGUAAAUCUGCAAUCCGCCCCCGCCUCUUCUCGUUGUCAUCCAUCACCUCUUCUGCUUCCGUCGAUUGACACUGUUCUCUGCUUUGCAUUUGUAUAAUGGUUAUACAGUUUCUCCCCUUUUCUUUGCAUUUUUCCAACAGUUAUAGAAUUUCUCCGCUUUCCCCCACCAGAUUUUCGGCUGCUCAACAUCAUGAACAGUGCUCCGAUUUGCGCUGCUGUUGUUGCUGCUGCUUCCUGGUUCUGCUCUUAUUCGAUUCUACGGUGUUUAACUUCUUCGUACAACCAGAAAUGUCUAACCUCCUGCUGAUUGAUAAUAUCAUGCCUGAUAUGAAGAACUGGUCUUGUAUCAUCACAGUUCAAGAAAAGCAACAAGUCACAGAUUCUAUGGGAACACCGACCAAGAAGCAAAAGUUUAUCUUCUAUGAUUCAGAGGGCUCUAAAGUUGAAGGGAUAAUCUUCAAUACUGAUAUUCCAAGGAUGAGUCCUAUGCUUCAGGUCUAUAAGAGAUAUAAAAUUUCAAAUGCUGAUGUCAGAACUAUUCCACCAAAGUUUCGGAGUGCUGGAUUAAUCAAACAGUGGGUUAUCACUUCAAAAACUGUCAUUGAAGAGGUUGAUGCCAAUGAGGACAUUAUGCCUGUUAAAUUUGCUUUCACUGACUUUGCUGAUUUAGCUGAAUACAUGGAUGAUAGAACGAAGUCCGUCGAUGUCCUCGGAGUGGUGAUCAGUUCAUUAGCCAUGAAGACAAUCACUAGAAACUCCAAACAGUCAAACGUUCAGAAAUUUGUCAUCCUUAAUGAAGAGUCUCAAACUGUCCUGCUAUCUUUAUGGGACGAUUUUCUGAACAAUGAAGGCCAAGCUCUGUUGAACAACAUGCAAAGCUAUCCUGUAAUUAUUGGUCGAAGACUGAGAGUUAACAACUACAAUGGUGUUUCUCUCUCUACUUGGUUCGACUCUGCUUUGCUUGUUGAUCCACCGAUACAGGAAGCAAGACAACUCAAGAAUUGGGCAAUGAGAAAUGCAGAGUCAAUUGCAGAGAUCGUUGAUGCAAAGAGCUACAUUAAAUACAAUCCUGCACUUUCUUUAAAAAGAGACCAGAAAACUACUCUGAUUUGCAAUGUUACCCCAUCACACAAGACUGCUUGGGUCAAGGCAAAUCUCUCCUUUGAACACAUCUUCCAGAAAUAUUGGUACAUGAGUUGUGCAAAAUGUUACCGAGCUACAGCGGCAGAUUAUGGAAUUGAAUUUACUUGUAAUUCAUGCAAAGAAAAGGGACCUGCUAUGCCUAGAUGCCGGUUUGACAUUGAAUUGAGCGAUGACAGCGGAGCUAUACCUGCUUCUAUUUUUGGAGAUCUAGCAGAAAAUAUUCUGACCUUUACUGGCCUUGAAGCAAUGGAUAACUUUAAUCAGAAUCUUGAGCUGCCACUUGAGUUUGUUCAUGCACAGCUUAAAACAAAGACAUAUCUGGUUCACAUUAAGCCAGUCCAAACACAGCUCGCUGAUGCCAGACAGCGUUAUACAGUUCUAUAUUGCUCUGAACUUGAACCAAAAAUUGCUCGUCCUCAGUUAACACAUGAACCAGAAUCUGUCUCUCUUUCAGCUGACCAGCAGACAGAAAAUGAGCAGCUGUUGACACCAGAACAUGGCAGCUCUAGCUCAAAAGUGCGCCUUCGGCUCAGUGAAAAGUUUGAUGAAACAGACACUGUUAGCACCAAUGACUUUGACAGUCCAGAUGCUGACUCUAAGAAGAAAGCAAAAUUAGUCUGAAUUGCCUUCGCUGCCUUUUGGAUUGCUCAGACAUAAAUAUUUUUUUUUGGUUUUGUGAUCUGCACUUGUAUGACUUUUGUUAAUGGCUUUUGUUAAUAGGCAGAUUGUUAAUGGCUUUUGAAAAUACUGCUCAUCCAUUCACAAUUCCCUGGCUUUUGUACGUGGUUAUCUACUAAACAGCUUUUGUCGUGAUCAUUGAACUUUGAUAAUGGCACCUGUAUCAAGGUUCUUGCCAGGUUUUCAAAGAUUAACUGAAAUCCUCCAUCUUAGCAGAACCAUGGGGAUUUUUACAGAUAUCUUUGGAUUCCUGACAAUGAACUCCCUUCCUGUAGA